AUGUACGAAAACACAACAGCAGAAAUCAUGCUCGAAACCAAAGAACCCCCCCAGCCUCCAUUCGAGUUGAACCAUUCUCCUGAGCAGGUCAUGCAACUUACGCAUGCUGCCAUAGCGACCUCUCGGGCCAGCCUGGAUGUGCUCACUGCUAAGACAAAUGCCGACUGGACUUUUGAUGGAUUUAUUAUACCAUUUGCAGAGGAUGAAAACCACAGGCUUCUCCAGUCCUGUCUGAUCAAUUAUCAUCAAUACGUUUCUAAAGACAGAGACCUACGUGACGCCUCCCGCGCAGCUGUAAAGCUAUGGACUGAAUACGAGCAAGAGGUGAAAACACGUCGAGAUCUCUUCCAUGGUAUUGACGUCGUCUACAAGAAAAGCCAAGAUGGCACUAUAAUCUUGAAUUCCGAAGAACGACAUUAUCUCGAUCGAGUAUAUCUCAAAUUCUGUCGCAACGCCAUGCACAUCAAUGGGGAAAUUAAACAGCAGGUUCAGCUUUUACAAAAUCGUAUUGGCGAGCUGAGUAGAGAGUGUGUGCGAAACUUUCAAGAAGAAUCUGAAGGAGUCUGGCUCGAGGAGGCCGAGCUUAAGGGUCUUCCUGAAGCAUAUGUCGCAAGCGGAAAGCGCAAUGCUGAUAACAUGGUUUUUGUGGGUUUGAAGAGACACGAUCUGGAUGUGGUACUGAAGUUCGCGACUGAGGAAUCGACCCGCCGGCGCGUAUACAUUGCUGCUGAAAACAAGUGCCCACAGAAUGUUGCUUUAUUCGAGGAGCUAGUCAAAUCCCGAGCGCUCCUUGCUAGUCUCCUAGGAUAUGCGUCUUAUGCUGAAUACGCGAUCCAAGGCCGUAUGUUGAAUCUUUCACAGGUGACGGAGCGUCUAAAUGCCAGCAGGAAGGUAGCCGACAAGGCAGCUGAAGAGAGGGUCGUUCUUAUGGAAGCCAAGAAACAUUUUCUCAUAGCACAGGGGAAACCAGAAGAUGAGAUUGAUCCCAGAAUCUAUAUCUGGGACUUGAACUUCUACGCUCGGCUUGUCAAAACAGAGAAAUUUGACAUCGAUGAAAUGGCAGUCAUGGAAUACUUCCCUCUUAAGCACACAUUGGCAGGGAUGCUACAGAUUUUUGAGCAGAUAUUUGGUCUUCACUUCCAACCCGUCAAUUCUGGCGCAUGGGUUUGGGAUGAAGAGGUAACAGUCUGUGCGGUUUGGAAUGAAGAGGCGAUGGGCGGCGAGUUCCUCGGAUAUAUAUAUUUCGACCUUUUCGAAAGACCGGGGAAACACAACACCAACUGUAAUCAGUUCCUAGCCCCGGGCUUCAAAGGGAGCAAUACAUCUUACCCCAGCAUCAUAUUACUGGCUUCAUUCGAUUCCAUAGCACCCCACCUACUCCGACAACGACAAGUGGUCACCCUGUUCCAUGAGCUUGGUCACACCAUCCACCAUCUGGUUGGCCGAACACGCUUCGCGAGUACAUAUGGCACCAGUACAUCACACGAUUUUGUUGAGAUUCCUAGCAACAUGCUAGAGCACUGGUGCUGGACGCCGUCAAUCUUGCAUUCCUUAUCACGGCAUUACACAUACACCUCCGUUGAAGAUAAAGAGGCCUAUUUGAAAACACAUGCCCACCUCCCCGCGGAUAAACCACCAAUUGACCUAUUUGAACGCCUCGUUGCCGCUCAGGCUGUUGACGAAGCAUGUUUAAUGCUGAACCAACUCCAUUACGCCUUAUAUGAUCUCACAAUUCACGGCACAACCCUGGUAGAGGAUCUUUCCGUCUUGUAUAACCGGAUGCGCUGGGAGUGCACCUCGCUUGUUGGGCCAGAUCAGCUUACUGGGCCAGAUAGUCAUGGGGGAGAUUAUCACUGGGGAUCUGGGCAAGCGAGGUUCCCGCACUUCUUUCGGAAUUAUGCCGCGGGUGGCGAGGCAUAUGCGCGGAUCAUGUUCAAUACUCGGUUCCAGCGAAACCCGUUAGAUGGAGCAGAGGGCCGUCGGUAUCGCCGUAAGGUCCUAGAAAAGGGUGGAAGCUUGCCAGAAUUACCUUUGUUAGAGGAUUUUGUUGGUGGUAAGAUAGAUACAUCUGACAUUCUCGGCGUGUAG